AUGGGACGCUCGAACGGCGACGGCGCGUCGGACGCGAGCGCCGCGCUCGUGUUCCUGCCCAAGCGCAAGGGCACGAGCGGGCGGGACGGCGCGAGCGCGAUCGAGGCGCGCGAUCGGCGACGCGCCGAGGCGCACGCCGCGCGCAGGGUGACCAAGCUGAGCAAUUCGCAAAAGCGCAAACUGAAGAAACUGGCUGAGGAGGAGCGGAAACGAAGCGAAAGGGCGAGCGUGAUGGCCAUGCUGGAGGCAAACGUGGCGGAUGAACGCGCGCUGGGGCUGAUGCGGGCGACGACGUCGUUGGGGGCGAGAGAGACGGCGAAGGAGAAGAUGCGGCGCGCGCUCAAGGCGGAACGCGCGGGGGUGACGCUGGACGACUUGGACGACGCGCGGUUGACGAAGCGACCGAAGGCUGUGGGAAGAGAAGAUGAAGAACAGAGCGAGGACGAGAGCGAGAGCGAACGGGAAGCGGCGCCGAAAUCGAACGAGUACAAAGGCUUGCAUCACGAAGUGUUUCGAGGAUGUUCCUUUGUCGUUCCCGUUCAACGGACCGGGAAGAUUAACGAUUCGCGCGAGGGGCUUCCGAUCGUUCAAGAGGAACAUGAAAUCGUAGACGCGAUUAAUACCAAUCCCGUGACCGUCAUCUGUGGCGCCACGGGUUGCGGUAAGACGACGCAAGUGCCGCAGUUCUUGUACGAGGCUGGUUACGGCGAUCCGGAUUGCGACAGUCACCCUGGGGCGGUGGCGGUGACACAGCCUCGACGUGUGGCGGUGACCUCCACGGCGCGUCGUGUGGCAGAAGAGCUGAACGUUCCUCUCGGUGGUGAUGUCGGAUAUCAAGUGCGUUACGACAAGAACGUCGGCGACAACCCGCGUAUCAAAUUUAUGACGGAUGGCAUCUUGCUUCGAGAAGUACAGGCAGACUUCCUUUUACGCAAAUAUUCGGUGGUGAUCAUCGAUGAAGCGCACGAACGGAGCGUAAAUACGGAUAUUCUGUUGGGUCUUCUCUCACGAAUCGUUCCUCUUCGAGCCGCACUCGCGGCUGAAGGGAAAGCUGUGACGCCGCUUCGAUUGGUCGUGAUGUCCGCGACGUUGCGAGUCGAAGAGUUCGUGGAGAACAGGAAGCUAUGUCCGACACCUCCAGCGUUGCUUCAAGUCGCCACGCGUCAGUUUCCAGUCACUGUGCACUUUUCACGGAAAACGGAACACGCUGAUUACGUCGGUGCGGCGACGAAGAAGGUACUCGCGAUCCAUCGCAAGCUUCCACCUGGCGGCAUUCUCGUCUUUCUGACUGGUCAGCGAGAGGUGGAGAUGGUCUGUCGCAAGCUUCGAGACGCGUACCCGCUUCACGGGAAGCGCGUCAACGCGGCGGAAAGUUCGGAUGAUGAAGAUGAAGAUAGCGGCGACGCGAUGGAUGACACAUACGACGUCGACGCGAUCGACGCGGGGGGGGAAGAUUUGGGCGGCGACGACGACGAACCCGAUUUCGACGGCGAGGACGAUAUGUCGGACGCCGCGAGCGACAUCAGCGAAGAGGACGAAGUCCUAGUCAUGGGUGGUGAGGGCGUUGGAGAAGAAGAAGCCGCAGAAGCCGAAGCAGCUUGGACUCGAGCGAAUGCUCCAUCUACGGGUUUGGGCGCCGAUAAGACGGCGGACGGACCGGGAGGUUUAAAUGUGCUUCCGCUCUACGCGCUACUGCCCCCGAAUUUGCAGCAGCGCGUGUUUCAAGCUUCACCCGACGGCUCUAGAAUGGUCAUCGUCGCUACAAACGUCGCGGAAACAUCUUUGACGAUUCCAGGGAUACGGUACGUCGUCGACGCCGGGAGAGCAAAGGAGCGGGUGUACGAGCGAGACGCAAGUUUGUCGCGGUUUCAAGUCGGAUGGGUGAGCAAGGCUAGCGCCGAUCAACGCGCCGGGCGGGCCGGGCGUACGAGUCCAGGGCACUGUUAUCGUCUGUUUAGUAGCGCACACUUCGUGGAUGAGAUGAAAGCGCACGCAGAUCCACAAAUCCUGGGUGUACCCGUCGAAGGCGUCGUGUUGCAAAUGCGUGCCAUGGGCAUCGACAAAGUGGUCAACUUUCCUUUUAUUUCGCCUCCCGAAAGAUCGGCUCUCGCGGCAGCGGAGAAGACUUUACAGAUUCUCGGAGCGGUAGAGAAGAGUAGGCAUGGCGAAGAGAUCGGGCCUUUGACCGAUUUAGGGCGCGCUAUGGCGGUUUUGCCAAUCAGUCCACGGCACUCGAGAAUGUUGUUCGCCGCCGCUCAAAGCGGCGUGGGAGGUUGCCUCUCACCGGCGAUUGCCAUCGCUGCCGCGUUGAGCCUCGACAGCCCAUUCCUGCGAAAUAGCAGCGAAACUGUGGAAGACGACGAAGAAGAAGGAGAGGCGAAGGCGACACCCAAAGGUCCGCCACCGCACGUUCGAUUUCACCACCCGGCGAGCGACGCUCUCUCGGCGGCGCAGGCGCUCUUGGCGUACGACGCCUGCAAGAGCUCGGACGCGGUGACGUUUUGCUCUACGAAUAGGUUGCACGAAAAGACCAUGCGAGAAAUGUCCGAUUUGCGGCGACAAUUGAAACGGCUCGUCGUCAAUCUCGCGACGACAUCCAAGUUUGGCGACGACGUCUUUCCCAACGCCGCAGUGCUGAACGAACUCGACGAUUCAAACCAGGCUGCUUCGUCGAUGAUUUCGCUUCCUCCCGGGGGCGAUGUCGAGCGCACGUUGAGACAGGCGCUGUGUGCGGGUUGGGCGGAUAGAAUUGCCCCGAACGAGAAAUCGACCAAGGCGACGCGAUACGUUCCGGCGCUCCUCGACGCCGCGGUGUUUCUUCAUCCAACGUCUUCGUUGCAUCGAAGCUCUCCGGAUUACGUCGUCUACACCGACUUACUACAAACGGACAAGCGCGCCUACAUCGUCGGCGCCACCGGGAUUGAGCCCGAGUGGUUGAUUCAGCACUGCGACGCACUCGUGGAUCAAGGCGCUAUGCUCGCCGACCCGGCGCCGAGAUACGUCUCGCGGGAGGACCGCGUCGUCGGUUGGACGGCGCCGAGAUUCGGACCGCACCGCUGGGAUUUGCCGCUGAAUCCAAUUGCUGUUAAUGAUGUGGAUACCAAAUGCGCCGUCUUCGCCACCGCGCUUUUGUCGGGGGCGGUGUCGCCACCUAUGGCGGAUUUGCGAGAGAAGCUCGCCGCCAAGCCGCUCUUGGCGUCUCGACCUGAGGGACGAGCUCAAAAGCGCGUCGUCGAUUUACUCGGCGCACUGAAACGUGUCGGUGGUGGCAUUUGUACUCGGGCACAAUUACGACAAAUCUGGAUGACUCGUGGGAACGACCGGUACUUGUACCCAGAGCUCAAGGCGUGGAUGCGGGCGGGCAAAGGUUACGCGCUCGAACAGGCGUGGUUAAAAAUAGUUCAGGGCGUCGUGAAUUACGACGAAGGCAAGGAGCGAAAGAAGAAGAAGGGAAAGAAGUGA